AAGGUAUUUGUAUAUGAAAAGUAAAUCUGGCUCCUGAUUGCACACUUGGCACAUUAGUAAAAGAGACAAUGGUUUAAGUGUUAGUAAAGAAAUACUGUUAACCUCCAGGUUUAAUAGGAUUAAAGCUAUUGUUUGUAAAGUCUUACCGAUACCUUAGCUAAAUACAGUAUUUUCAUUUAAAUAUCUUAUAUCCAGAUAGACGUUUUUCACAAUGUGGUGAUAAAGGAUAGGCCUCUGAGUGACAAUCAUAAAUUGUGGACCACAUGGCAGUGAACCGUUCUGUGCUGCUUUGCAGCACUGCACAUUCAGAAUUCUCCGUCUAAUUAUUUAAAGGUUGCUUGUUUGGACAUAUGUGAGUAACCUGAUGUUUAUUUCUGAAUUGAGGUCUUCAGUGUUAAACAUGUACUUAAUAUAUCCGACACGGGAAAAAAAAACAUAUAAAAUAAAUAGUAAGCAUGGUGUUUCUUACUGUUGUAACCCAGGGAGAAUUUUGCAGCAGCCAAGUGGAAAGAUGUAUUUUAGAGAUCUGAUGGAGCUCCAGUGGAUUAUUAGUUGCAUGAAUUAUAAUACUGUGCAGUAAUGAAAUAAGAAUAGGAAACCGGAUGGGCAGUGCAUCAGCUCCUGAGGGAUGACUACUUUUAACUCAAAGCAAUGGAUAAUGGAUAGGAUUUUUUAUUUACUUAUUUGUUUUUCAUCUAAAAAAUAAAUGUGUACUUAGGUUUGAGCUGGCGUUUGCAUCUUAUAGUGAAUGCUGGAGGAUUCAGAGAGGGGGAGAGGGGGAGAGAGAAGAAAGCAGUAAUGAAUAUAGCAAAGGGAAGAACAAAGGCUGUUAGAGCUUGCACAUUGGAACACUAAACAUUUUGCUUUGGGGAUUCUUUUGCCAGAGCUGUUACUUCCUAUAACAGGAAAUCAGCAGCUCUAGAAUCUUAUGCAGUGUUAUUUUAAAAAAAUCUGACCAGCCUUGGCUGUGUUAGCUGGUUUGGUAAUCUACAAUCAAGAUAAAUAUGGAGGCAAAAUGGUGAAAAUGUUCUGGUCUAGUGUGAAAUGAUGCUUUUUUCCUCUGUUCAGCAGAAUAAAGUAGACAGUCUUAAAAGCCUUGAGAGAUUGUGGAUAUUGGACUUGCUUACAAUCAAAUACAUGACCAUGGGGGAUAUGAAGACCCCAGAUUUUGACGACCUUCUUGCAGCCUUUGACAUACCAGACAUGGUUGACCCAAAAGCAGCUAUUGAAUCUGGACAUGAUGACCAUGAAAGCCACAUAAAACAAAAUGCUCAUACAGAUGAAGAUUCUCAUGCACCAUCAUCAUCUGAUGUUGGUGUGAGUGUCAUUGUGAAAAAUGUACGUACAAUUGAUUCUUCUGAAGGAGUGGACAAGGAUGGCCACCAUUCCACAGGCAAUGGCUUGCAUAAUGGCUUUCUAACAUCAUCAGCUCUCGAUAGUUACAGUAAAGAUGAAGGGAAGUCAUUUAAAGAUGAUGGGUCAGCUUCUGAGACUACAUUGAAGGAUUCAGCUUUCAACCAGUUUAGCCCAAUUUCAAGUGCUGAAGAAUUUGAUGAUGAUGAAAAAAUUGAGGUGGAUGACCCUCCAGAUAAAGAAGAGAUGCGUGCAAAUUUCAGGGCAAAUGUCUUGACAGGAUCUGUAUCUCAGCAGGAAUAUGACAAACUAAAAGCACUUGGGGGGGAGAACUUGAUUAAAUCUGGUAUCCCAAUUUCAAGCAGUAUAGAUAAAAGUAAAGUUGCUAAACGAGAGACAGAGACAAACUCUGUGAAUUUAAGUGUUUACGAGCCUUUCAAAGCUCGGAAAGCAGAGGACAAAUUGCUAAAAGACAAUUCUGAGAAGCUUAUUGAAAACAGGGUACUUGAUGGAAAACUGAGCACAGAAAAAAGUGAAACAAGUCUUGCCAGCAUUUCACAGUCCAAAGCAAAGUCAUCAGCAAAGCUUUCUUCAUGCAUUGCUGCGAUUGCAGCACUGAGUGCUAAAAAGGCAGCUACAGAUACCAGUAAGGAUUUACAGUCUAAUUCAGGAGAGCCUUCUCCAUUACCAAAAGACAUGAGUGAAAGUCCCCGGGCUAUGGAAAAAUCACCCGAAUCUCAGAGUCUUAUUGAUGGUGCUAAAAAGCCAUCUGUUAAGCCACCUGAUAGUCCCAGGAGUGUAUCAAGUGAAAACAGUAGCAAAGGGUCUCCAUCUUCUCCUGCAGGGUCAACACCAGCAAUUCCUAAAGUUCGCAUAAAAACCAUCAAGACUUCCUCUGGGGAGAUAAAGAGAACUGUUACUAGAGUGUUGCCGGAAGUUGAUUUGGACUCUGGUAAAAAGACAGAACAGAGUGCUUCUAUGGUAACUUCCAUGACAUCUCUCCUGUCCUCUCCAACUUCUGCUGUUCUUUCCUCUCCUCCUAGAGCUCCUCUCCAGUCCGCAGUUGUCACCAAUGCAGUUGCAUCUGCAGAACUUGCACCAAAGCAGGUCACUAUCAAACCUGUGGCUACUGCCUUUCUCCCAGUUUCAGCAGUUAAAACAGCAGGUUCACAAGUUAUUAAUUUGAAGCUUGCUAACAAUACUACAGUGAAAGCCACUGUAAUAUCUGCUGCUUCAGUGCAGAGUGCCAGUAGCGCCAUUAUAAAAGCUGCCAAUGCUAUACAGCAGCAGACUGUUGUGGUGCCAGCAUCAAGCCUUGCCAGUGCUAAACUUGUGCCAAAGACAGUCCAUCUUGCCAACCUUAAUCUUCUGCCUCAAGGUGCUCAAACCACCUCUGAACUCCGCCAAGUGCUAACGAAACCUCAGCAGCAAAUAAAGCAGGCAAUAAUUUCUGCAGCAGCCUCGCAGCCUUCUAAAAAGGUGUCUCGAGUCCAGGUGGUGUCAUCUCUACAGAGUUCUGUAGUGGAAGCAUUCAACAAGGUGCUGAGUAGUGUCAAUCCUGUCCCAGUUUACAUCCCAAACCUUAGUCCCCCUGCCAAUGCCGGAAUAACGUUACCAACACGAGGUUACAAGUGUUUGGAGUGUGGCGACUCAUUUGCUCUUGAGAAGAGCCUGACACAGCAUUAUGACAGGAGGAGCGUGCGGAUUGAAGUGACAUGUAAUCAUUGUACAAAGAAUUUAGUUUUCUACAACAAAUGCAGUCUUCUUUCCCAUGCUCGUGGACACAAGGAAAAAGGAGUUGUAAUGCAGUGUUCCCAUCUGAUUUUAAAACCAGUCCCAGCAGAUCAAAUGAUAGCAUCUCCUUCAAGCAAUACUGCUACAUCUAUGCUUCAAAGCCCUGUGGGAGUCGGCACGCAUACUGUAACAAAGAUACAGUCUGGCAUAACGGGGACAGUAAUAUCAGCUCCAGCAAGUACUCCCAUCAUUCCAGCUAUGCCACUAGAUGAAGAUCCAUCAAAACUCUGUAGACAUGGUCUAAAGUGUUUGGAGUGUAAUGAAGUUUUCCAAGAUGAGACAUCUCUUGCUACCCAUUUCCAGCAGGCUGCAGACACAAGUGGACAAAAGACAUGCAAUAUCUGCCAGAUGCUGCUUCCUAACCAGUGCAGUUUUGCAUCACACCAGAGAAUUCAUCAGCAUAAAUCUCCAUACACGUGUCCUGAAUGUGGAGCAAUCUGCAGAUCUGUCCACUUCCAGACUCAUGUUACUAAGAACUGCCUGCAUUAUACCCGAAGAGUUGGUUUUCGCUGCGUGCAUUGCAAUGUUGUAUACUCUGAUGUGGCGGCACUCAAGUCUCAUAUUCAAGGUUCUCAUUGUGAAGUCUUUUACAAAUGUCCUAUCUGUCCCAUGGCAUUUAAAUCUGCUCCCAGCACACAUUCCCAUGCCUAUACACAACACCCGGGUAUCAAGAUAGGCGAACCAAAAAUAAUAUAUAAAUGCUCUAUGUGUGACACUGUGUUUACUCUACAACCUUUGCUCUAUCGCCACUUUGAUCAGCAUAUUGAAAACCAGAAGGUGUCUGUUUUCAAGUGUCCAGACUGCUCUCUUCUGUAUGCACAGAAACAGCUUAUGAUGGAUCAUAUCAAGUCAAUGCAUGGAACUUUGAAAAGUGUGGAAGGGCCACCAAACCUGGGGAUAAAUUUGCCUCUCAGUACGAAACCUACAAAUCAGAACUCAACCAGUCACAACAAAGAGGACACAAAAUCUGUCAACGGAACAGAAAAGUUAGAGAAGAAAUCUCCUUCUCCUAUAAAGAAGGGAGAGCCUAAAAAAGUCACUAGUCGUGGCUGGACAUGUUGGGAAUGUGAUAGGUUCUUCACUCAGAGGGAUGUUUACAUUUCCCACAUGAGGAAGGAACAUGGAAAGCAAAUGAAGAAACACCCAUGUCGACAAUGUGACAAAUCUUUCAGUUCGUCCCAUAGUUUAUGUCGUCACAAUCGUAUCAAGCACAAAGGCAUUAGGAAGGUUUAUACAUGCUCACACUGCCCAGAUUCAAGGCGUACUUUUACCAAGCGGUUGAUGUUGGAAAAACAUAUUCAGUUGAUGCAUGGCAUUAAAGACCCUGAUGUAAAAGAAAUGACUGAAUCGACCAAUAUGGAAGAAAGGGAAGUAAAAGAAGAUACAAAGGUUCCUAGUCCAAAGCGUAAAUUGGAAGAACCUAUACUGGAAUUCAGGCCUCCACGAGGUGCAAUCACGCAACCAUUGAAGAAGCUAAAAAUAAAUGUUUUUAAGGUUCACAAGUGUGCUGUUUGUGGCUUUACAACAGAAAAUCUUCUCCAGUUUCAUGAACAUAUUCCUCAGCAUAAAUCUGAUGGCUCUUCAUACCAAUGCAGGGAAUGCGGACUCUGCUACACAUCUCACGUGUCUCUCUCCAGACAUCUCUUCAUUGUACAUAAGCUGAAGGAGCCUCAGCCAGUAUCAAAACAAAAUGGGUCUGGGGAAGAUAAUCAGCAAGAAAACAAGCCCAAUCAUGAGGACGAGUCAUCUGACAAUACGGUAUCAGACAGAAGAUGCAAAGUGUGUGCAAAGACUUUUGAAACUGAAGCGGCCUUAAAUACUCACAUGAGAACACAUGGCAUGGCCUUCAUCAAGUCAAAAAGAAUGAGUUCAGCAGAAAAAUGAUCAGAUUAUUUGGGACACAGAAAUUUCUCUCCACAUUGGAAUACUAAUGACAUUUUUGUUACAGAAAUUUCAAGGUAUAAUAGUGUUAACAGUACUGUUCAGGCUGUUGCAAUAUAUUCUGCAUAAAAAUGUCCCCUUCACCUCAUUGUCUAUACCCUCAAAACCAUUGAAGCAGUAUUUGAGUUGAAAAGAGUUUGUAUAUAUUUAAACUAAUAACUUUUAUACUCUUUGUUACGUGUUUGUAUUGGUAUCUAGUGGAAAAUUGUUUUUUGUUUUGUUUCUGUUUUUUGUAGUAAGAUUCUCUAAAACAGAGUUCUUAAUGCUGGGGCAGUUUCUCGGGUUUCUUAAAUGAAUGCUUCUGCAAGAAAGUUUAGCUAAUGGGAGUGCAUCAGAAGGCAGUGCUUGGAGGGGAAAAAAAUGAAGAAAGCAAGCAAGCCAAGGAGAGAUUUUAAAUUCUACAGGACUAGUGCUUCUAAAUGUGUAAGGAAGCUUUUAAACCUUCUCUCUACAAAGGAAAGAAAAAAUAAAAAGGAAAAAAAAAGAAAAAAAGAAAAAGAAAAAAAAGUAUCACUGCGUGUGUAAAGUGCAGUGCUGGUUUUAGGUGGCAACACCAAAACAGGUGCAGACCCCCUAGAAUUUUAAAGUACUUCUGAAAAGUAUAAUUGCACAACUAUAUAUGUAUCAUGAAGUAAUUUUUAGACCAUCAGGUGCUUGUGAUCAAAGCUAAAAUAGUUAUAAAAGGGCUGGGCUGCUCUGGAUUAAACAAAUAAGAUGUAAUUAGAGGAAUAGGUUUAUAAUUAUGAUGUUUUUUGUCAUGUAAUUUAUUAAACAUAUAGAAGCGAGUACACAGCAUUAUGUAUUUUCCUUAAUUUCUGGUUAUCAAAAGAAAAUAGUUAACCCUUGCUGCAGGGGUUGGUGUUUCCCAGCUCUGUAUGCUAAUGCCAAAUGUUCUGGUGCUCAGUGUUACAUACAGCCACAACUGUCAAGAAGCUAACACACCAGCCUAUGUAAGUAUAACCGGGGCUUUCAACUUUAGCACAGAUCUUAUGAAGCUAGUUCAGCCAUUUCAAAAGUGUAUCUAAUAUCACUAGUUAUGCUUUCACAAAGUACAAAGAGGUACCAUACUGUCCCUUUCAUAUAUUGGUCUCUGUGAGAGUUAUAUUUUUGGUUUGUUUUUGCAUUUUAUACCUUGUAUGUAUCCCUAUAAAAUUUUUUGUACUUUUUUUUAAAACAAAUCAUGUAUAUAUAGAUAGCUGCAUGAUAUAUGGUAGUAAUUGUUUGUUUUAAAAGUCUUGCUGCUGUCAGAUGUUACUAUACACUAUGUCCAUUACAACUGUAUUAAACACAUUUCAUAUGUAAAUAAAUGUGGAGCAUUUUGCCCCUAAA